AAUAACUAUCUGUUAAUGAACAUAAACUAUUGCAGUCCUAAUUUCUAAUUCGAGAAUCGAACUCCUCUCAAAGAUUACACUUCUAAUGUUGACAAUAUUAAAUAAGCCAAAAAUAGGAUAGCUGAACUACAACAUAUUAUUCAUGAGUUAAACAAAUCCAAUGGAAAAAAGUCUGUUUCUCCCUUAGCAAAAAGUCCCGUUAAGGUUAAUGUUCCUAUCGAGUACCAUGGUACUUCCAAAAAGUAAAGUCCAAGAUUUUAGACUCCAGAAACAAAAUAAAGAGAAAUGAGAAUUGUAAGUGAAAAUGUCAAAAUGCAAACUGAAAACAUUCUUGAACAAGGAAUCUUGCAAGGAGUGUUGCCUGAACAUUUACUUGAAAAAUCAAUUGAAAAUUACACUUUAUCAAAAGUACUUGGAUUAGGCUCCUAUGCUAUUGUAAGAUUAGCAUAAAAAGGAUCAUUAUUUUGUGCUAUUAAAACUUAUGAGAAGGCUAAAAUUAAUGAUUAGCAAAAACGUAAAAAUGUAUGUAGAGAGGUGAAGAUUUUAUCAAAAUUAAGACAUCCCAAUAUUAUUAAAUUGGUCGGAGCUUGUGAAACUUAAGUAUAAUUACAUGUCAUUAUGGAAUAUUAUAGUGCAACUUCAUUAAAUUCCUUCAUCAAAUAACAACCGCAGAAGAAGCUUGAUGAAAAUGAAGCUAAAUACAUUUUCAUUCAAAUAGUAGAUGCCUUAAGAUACUGUCAUCACAAGAGUGUUGUUCAUAGAGAUCUAAAAUUAGAGAAUAUUCUUAUUGAUCCAUUGAAUAACCAAAUUAAAAUUAUUGAUUUUGGGUAAAAUAAUACUUAUUCUUACAAUAGAUUUUCAAUAGCUAUUGAUCCUUCAAGUAGACUUAACAUAUUUUGUGGAACUCCAUCAUAUAUGGCACCAGAAAUAGUUAAUAAGCAAACCUAUAGUUUUCCUGCUGAUGUUUGGGCUUUGGGCAUAUUACUUUUCAAAAUGACAACAGGACAGUUCCCAUUUAAAGGUAAUGAUGACAAGGAUUUAUAUAAAUCUAUCAAUAGCGGAAAAAUCGAAUUUCCUUAAACUAUGUCAUUCCAAUUAAAAAAUUUAAUCAAGAAAAUCUUGAAUACUAGCUAGAAUGAACGACCCUCACUCAAAGACGUGGCUUUAGAUGAAUGGCUUUAAUGA